CUCAAUACGGCGGAUCAAUGCGCUUUUACGUACAUUUACACUUUGGGAUGAGAAAUCAUUCGGAGGGACAGAGUUUGCUUAAAGUUAUCCAGCAGCAUUGAUGGCGUUAUACAUGUGAGCAAACGCACAAAAAACGCUGAUGGCUUUGAAAUCAUGCUGUCUGCGAUUCUGAAGUCAUUACGCACGGAACUAUGAGCGAUCCGACGCUAACAUCGAUCUCCAAUGUGCAGCAGCGGCUCAUGGCUGCGGCUCUGCCCGGGGACGAGAGCGCUCUACCAGGCAGCCUGUGCAGACCCGAGCGCAACGGGAUCUUCCUCGUCCACUGCUUCAUCUGCGGGAGCGGGGUGACCCCAGGAAAAGAGCUGAGCUUACAAGUGAAAUAUCAGCGAGAGAAAGACUGUCCGUUUUUUCCGUUCCUGCAGGGUCAGGAUCCAGCCCCGGGCGCGCUGGAUAUCGGUCCGGACGGGGACGCGUUGGUGUGCGCCGUGUGCCACUGCUUCCUGUGCGAACAGUGGAACUCGUUUGAGCGCAGCAGGACGCCCAUCGAGAAGCGCAUGUACUGGCUCAAGAGACCGUACCAGUGCGACUCACGGAACACAUCCUACGACCUGGAGCGGAGGAUGAGCGUUGGCAAUUAUGACGCCAAUGACUCGGACUUCUCCUCGUUCUCUGAUAAUGACAACAUGUCCGAGCGGGACUUGGAUCUGUCGGGGGUUGUUAUGAACAACAAUAAUGCUACGGGUUCCCGCGCAUCUAAAAAGGCGUCAAAAGAAGGCAGCGGGAAGAGCUCGGUGAGUGUUAAGAGCAGCCCCGAGUCAGUACGCUAUCCGGUAAGAGUUUACGCAGAUGUGCCCCAAUCAGACCGGCGUACGACUAAAAUCAUCAAUCACACAUCGCACUCAUCGGUGACCGUGGCUCUCCAGCAGUACGACAGCCCUUCUGUGCGCACACCUGUGCAGGAUAACGGCAUCAUCACGCGUAACACGCAGUGGAUACACGCGUCCGCCGUUGACUCAGACGCGUCUGAUAGCUGCGAGAUCAACAUCACCAGUGACGAUGACAGAGAACGCACAGCAUCAUCUCACCUGGAUGUAGAGAAGAGUCAAUCCAAGCUUUAUGCUGAUGAAUGUGCCUGUUAUAUUUGUGGAAGCAGGCUUUCUGAAGGGGGCCGUUUCAGGGUGUUUGUACAGAAGCAGGAGAGAGCUUCCGGUGAGCCAUUCUUUCCUUUUCUGUGGCUCCACACUCCUCCACCUGGUGCUGUGUCUCUCAGCCCGGGUGGAUACACACUGGUGUGUGCCAGCUGCCACUCCUCGCUCAUACAACAGUGGCAAGGCUUCGAGCUGGCAGAGGUGCCUGUGCUCCAGCGACUCUACGUAGUGCCCCUUAAUACAGGUGCUGCAACCCAUGAAUCUGGGGAUGAGCUACCCAAAAUCCAACCGCUCCCCUCCGUGCCACAGAAUCACAGGGAGGUCUGCUACCUGUGCGGGCAGCAAUGUGGCCGAGAGAUUAGAGUAGUGUACACCUGUGCCAGUGCAAGUAAAGCCUGCAGUGCAAUGUAUUUUCCCUUUAUAAACCUGCUACCGUGCCCGCCGAAAGCACAAAGUGUGUGUAAUGGACAGGUACACUGCUGUGUCACUUGUCACAGCAUCCUGGAGGACGUCUGGGCGGAGUACUGCUUCUGUCUGAGUGAGGAGCUCAUUACCUCUGUCAGCAGCUUCCUUGGGAGAUACCACCUAGCCAUGGGCAGAGGAGGAGUCUUGGCAUCUUCAUCCAGUGGAACCCUUUCGACUCUUUCUCAAACUGCCAUUACAAGCCACACCUCCAUCUGUUACUUAUGUGGGGAGGAACUCUCUGCAGGAACGGAGUGUCAGCUUCAUGUUAACCCUCCAGGCCGUUGCGGAGAGCGAGAACCCUUCUUUCCCUUUCUAACCGUCCAUCCUCCUGCCCCCGGUGCCUGCCCUGCUGAUGCCACUGGCCUCGUGUCAGCUUGUGCGCUGUGCUACCAUGACCUGCUUGGCCAGUGGACCCAACAUGAGGGUCAGGGCUCAGGAACAGGCCCGUCCAGCAGCCCCUGGUCCCGCCAGUACAGCUGCAACACUUUUGUCUGCUUCUUUUGUAGGAAGGAGAAGAAAAGGCCGCUGGGGCUGAAAGCAGUGAGUGUUGCCCGCUUGCCCGUGUUCCUCUACGCCCCGAGGGUCAGCCGGACCCUGGUGAUUGACAAUGGCAAGCAGCUAACCAUCGGCUCCUGCAUGGAAUGUAAGUCCAUGGUUCUGGCUGGGCAAAACAUGAAGCCGGUUGGUGGAACUGCCAUCUCCAAACACAAGGGUUUGACGGUGGAGGAGUCGCCCAAUAACAGUAAGGAGUCAGAAACCAGACCUACAGAGGUCACCACAGAAGAUGUGCCAGAGCAAGACCCAGAACCUAGACAGACCUUUGACCCCUCACCCCCCUUCAGCCUGAAAGUGGAAAAAGGGCAAAGAUCCAUGUCCAGCAUGAGCCAUGAGCCAAAGUCACCAUCUUUAGGCAUGAUUUCCACGGCGACCCGCACCACUGCGACUAUCAGUCCCCUCACCCCGUCUCCUCUCAACGGUUCGAUCGUGGCCAAUGGCAGUCCUGCAUCUCAGUCCGCACACUCCGGAUUUGCUGCCGCCCUCCGCAAGCUGGCCAAACAGGCAGAGGAACCCCGAGCAGGAUCUUCCAUCAGCAGCGAGUCAUCUCCCGUCUCGUCUCCGGCCACUAAUCACAGCUCCCCCGUAAGUACUCCCAAGCGGGGCCCCAUGGGUCCAGUUAUCAUGCCUCCUGGGAGCCACAGUGUCCACAGCACCCCGCCUGUGGUCACCAUUGCCCCCACCAAAACGGUCAAUGGCCUUUGGAGGAGCGAGAGCCGAUCAGUCCGAGAGUCUGAGUCUGGUCCUCGUGGAGUUACUCGAGACCGAAGUUCAGAGGCACCAUCUACACAAGAGAAGGGGGGCCCCACGGUCACGGCCCACCUGAUCGGAAACCCUUACGCGUUUGGCCUGACACCUGCAUCUGUGAUGCAGGACUCACGCUUUCAACCCCUAAAUAUGCCCCGUCAGAUGUCGCACAACGUCCCCGCUGCCGGUGUUCCUGAGGAAUAUCUGAGAGGGUUUCGUCCUUACGCCAUGGCAGAGGAGCUCCGUAUGCCCUCAUUACCACUGGGACUGGAUCCUGCCACCGCUGCGGCCGCUGCAGCCUAUUACCACCCCGGAUACCUGCCACACCCCUCCUUCUCACCGUACAGAAUGGACGAUCCGUUCUGUCUGUCAGCUCUGAGGUCACCCUUCUAUCCACUGCCUACAGGGGGCGCUCUCCCCCCUCUACACCCAUCUGCUGUACACAUGCACCUGCAGGGUGUCCGUUACCCUGGAGACCUGAGUCACCCCUCAUUGUCCAGCCUACAGUCCGAGCGCCUGUCAGAGAGACUCCAGAUGGAGGACGAGCUGCGGCAGAGAGAGCGCGAGCGAGAGAAAGAGCGAGAACGAGAGGCUGAGCGAGAAAAAGAGCGUGAGCGAGAAAGGGAGAGAGAGAAAGAUCUGGAGCGUGAGAAAGAGAGAGAACGGGAGCGAGAGAGGGAGAGGGAGAGAGAGAGAGAGAGAGAGAGAGAGAGAGAGCGUGAGAGAGAGCGAGAGAUAGAGCGGCAGAAGGAGAGGGCUGCGCGAGAGAAGGCCAUGGAAAGCCAUUAUCUGGCGGAGCUUCACGUACUCAGAGGCGCUGCCGACGACAGAGCCAAAUCUGCUGAUAGAAUCCCUCCGAACAGAGCUGAUAAAUCCAAAGAGCCCCCCAUCUCCACCCCUAAACCCCUCCAGCCUGGUCUCCAUCCCUCUCUAAACUCCACCCAUCACCCCAUGCCCAGCCUCGUCUCUGCCCACAGCAUGUAUCUGGGCCCUGGAGGGGCGGGGCCUGCCGUUCUCACAGCUGCCACAAUGAUGCAGCGCAAUAAUGAAGAAGAGCGCUGGUUGGCCCGUCAACGAAAGCUACGGCAAGAGAAAGAGGACAGGCAGUACCAGGUGUCCGAGUUUCGUCAGCAGGUACUGGAGCAGCAUCUGGACCUGGGCAGACAGGGUGAGAUGACAGACCUGCAGAUAGAGGGACACAGACCCGGACCAAACCAUAAUGAGAUCAGCAGCAGAGAUCGAGAGAAAGACACCCAUCCUCACCUGGGAGCUCCACCCCCUCUCAUCUCCCCUAAACACCUGCACAGAGAUCACGGCCCUCCACCGCCCACCACGCUCUGGAACCCUGUGUCACUGAUCGAGACUUCCACAGACUCUAGACACCCCCUGCACGACCGUCCAGGCCUGGGUCAUUACGAUAUGAGCCGACUCCCCCUGCUGCCCUCCAAACAUGAGCGCCAUUACAACACAGAGAAGCUUGAGGAGGGAGCCCGGAAACGGGAUGGUCUAGACAAAUAUCCCCCCAUCAGGCCCAGUGGCUUUGCCGAGCCGAACACUUACCUCGCUGAGCUGGAGAAAUCUACGCAGAGUUUCCUGAACCAACAGAGGGCGCCACUGAGUCUGUCUGGUCCAUGUGGAGAGCUGAGCACAAGUCUGAAGCCCAGCGGGUCGUUUAAGAGCCUGCAAGGUCCGUCACGAGUCAAGCCUGAUGCCAUGCUAGUGUACGAUGAGUUCCUUCAGCAGCACAGACGAGCCGUCAGCAAACUGGAUCUGGAGGAGAAGAGACGCAGAGAAGCCAGAGAGAAAGGUUACUACUAUGAGCUGGAUGACUCCUAUGAUGAGAGCGAUGAAGAGGAAGUGCGAGCUCAUCUCCGAAGAGUCGCAGAACAACCACCACUCAAACUAGAUGAUUCCACUGAGAAGGUUGAGUUUCUGCGUAUGUAUGGCCUGAUGACUCUGGCCUGUCGAGAGGAGUUGAUGGAGGUGAAGAGGAGGAAAAGGAGGCAUUUGCUGAGAGAGAGGAGUCCCUCACCUCCCGUGGUCCAGAGCAAACGUUCCCCCGCUGCCCCCUUGAGCACCCGAUUCACUGCAGACGAUAUGAACAACAGCCCUGAACUCGAAAACAAGAAACGUUUCCUAAACAUCUUCAGCCUGAACCACAUCACACAGCAGCAGAGGAGAGAUAAUGAGAGGGUGGAGGAGUUGCUGCAAGCCAUCAAACAGAAGAGUGUGACUCUCGACAGCAUCAGACACAACCCUCACCCGCUGUGCAGGAGCCCCGCUGCCCUGUUCUCAGAUCAGUUAUCUCAGUCCCCAAUCCAAUCAGACAAGCUGCUGAACGGACGGCCUCCCAGUCCCUCCCCGUCUGUGUCUGUUGCUGCUCCCGUUGCGGACCCUCUCUCCAUCCCAGAUCAGCCCCGACCCCACUCAAGCCAUCUGAGACUGAAAGAGUCUCCCCUGCCUGCACAGUUAUCUGAUAAGAGCCGAUCCAGUGACAGCAUCCCUGGCAAGAGCUCUAGUCUACUAAACAGUGUGCGACAACCCCUGUUCACUAAAGAGAGCUCUUCUAGUGUGAACGGAAAGACAAUGCCCUGGGAGAGCUUUGUAGCAGAAGAGUUUGCACAGCAGUUCCACGAGUCAGUGCUGCAGUCCACUCAGAAAGCCCUGCAGAAGAGCAAAGGUGCUGCACUGGUGAUGUCAGAACAGAACCACACUGUGGACUCAUCCGUACAUUAUAACAUUCCUGAGCUGCAGAGCAUGCCGGGCCGCUCCAAACCACAGCCACUCUCUGCCUCUCAGCCCAACGGACAGCACUGCCACCCCCUGCCACCCUGCCAUGAGCUCUCCACUGAGGAGGAUUAUGAGGAAGAGGAAGAUGAAAGUGAGGAAGAGGAGCCGUCCAUGCCCAGAUGGCAGGGCAUUGAAGCCAUCUUUGAUGCUUAUCAGGAGUAUGCAGAAGAGCAAAGCAUUGAGCGUCAGGUUCUUCACAGUCAGUGCCGGCGUUUGGAGACUCAUCACUAUAAUCUCAGUCUCACAGCCGAACAGCUCUCACACUCCAUGGAGGAGCUGAUGGCUCAGAAGCAGAAGCUGGCGGCGGAGAGAGAGAAGAUACAGGCCGAACUGGAGCACUUCAAGAUGUGCCUGACGCUGCCACAGAGCCCCUGGUCCAGAGGUCACUUCAAGGGAUUUCCACCCAGGUGACACCCUCCAGCCCUCCCAGAGCACCCCCCAUACCCCACCCAAACCCCCAAUGGAGAGAGAUGGUGAGGAACCGAAGAUCACGCCACCCGCUUACCUCCCGUAUGAUACCAUCCUGUGGGCAACAUCACACUUGACAUGUGACCGAACCUCAGAAAUCAUCCAAUCACAUCAGAGAGAGAGCAGACGGCCAAUCAGAACAUAGCUCUGCCCACCUGCCAUCUCUCUCUUGUGGAGGUCACGCCAAGAAAUGCACUUAAAGACAAACAAAACCCUGAAAACUCUCUGGAGGUACUGUGUGAUGACAGAAGACUCUUUUUGAUCUAGUGAAGGAAAAAAAUGCUGAGGACAAAAUCCAUCAAGUAAAUAAAGGAAAAUGUUUUAUUUCAAGAUUUAGAAUAAAGUUUUUAAAUAAGGUGCUUCAGCAUUGUAUUGUAAAUAAUAUCAAAACAACAACAAAUAAUUUUGUAUGUUUUUAAUUACUUAAAUCAUUGUUCUUUAGAAGAAAAAAAAAGCCUGCCAUUUUUUAUAUAUAUAUAUAUAUAUAUAUAUAUAUAUAUAUAUAUAUAUAUGUGAAUGCUUUUGGGUGUUGUGCUGGUCAGGACAAAUGGAGUGAUGACAUCACUUCCUCUUUGCCUGAACUACAGUAGGAACAGCCUACCACCAAUACCAUUUCCUCUUCACCCUUAAGGCCAUGCAUCUCUGAUGACAUACCCUGAUGUUUGACCCUUUGACCCGGGACUAUCAUUUACCAGCUGCCUCAUGAAUUUCAGGACUACUACACCAAGUUAUUUUAUCAUGAAGCAGCAUGUAGCCUGUUUUUGGAUUUAUGUUUCCUGCAUUAAGAGCAUUUCUUAAAGAAAUACUGUAUAUCUCGUCUGUGUGCCCAGAGUUCACACUGUGUCAGAGAAGUUAAAGUGCACAAAUCGGCCCAGUAAUGUUAUUGUACACAAACAAUAAUGUGUUUGACAACUGCAGAUUUGAUGGAACAAAUUAUUUUUGCUAUUUGACGAGUACUGUGCCAAAGUUGAGGUGGCAUGCCAAAAACAUUUGAAACAAAAAAAAAACGAAUCGAGUUAGUCCUGCCGUGUCAUAGCACUUCACAUGAAUUUAUUGGAAAAUUCCCAAAGCCUGCUUUGCCUGAAGAUGUUCUUGUUUGCCAAGUUAAAUUUUUCUUUUAUAUCAAACUCAUUUUAAUUUGAUCGCAAGUCAAGGACUCGAUUAAAAUAAACGUGAUAAUGAAUAUGGGCCUUAAAACAUUGAUACUGCCUGUUAGAUCUUUUGUUUUCUACCUUUUUAUGGUAAUCUGGUAGCUGAUGUAGAAUAUGGGAAUGACACAUCUGUUUGUUUUCCUCGCACUUAACCCCCCAAUGCUGUAUGUAUUUCAUGUUUAUGCCAUGACAUGCAGCAUGCUGUUAUAGACCGACCACAUGCCAUCUUUUGAUCCGAGUUCACAGUGAUAGCACAACAAUUAAAACAUAUAAUUGUCUCAAUGCAUCUUUAUGAAGCACAGGUGAGGAGUUUGGUUACACUGUCAGUGGCGUGCCAUCAGUUUGCUCGCUGUUCACGCAUCUCAUGCCAUGCUUAUGCACGGUGGCUCCAUGUUUACACAUCUGAGGCUGGCCCUAAACAAUUGCAGCGGUGUGUGUGUGUGUGUGUGUGUGUCUGCUUCAUGAAGCACUACCACUGCCUGACCAGAGCAGGCACAAACCUACCCACCUCUCUCUCACACACACAUACACACACGCUCUCCCAAACUCAAUGGAGGAUUUUAGAUGCUGUGAAACCAUGUUUUUAUUUUAAUAUUUUUUAUGUAAUUGUUUGAAUUCAUCGUAAUGUAAUAUAUUCUUUGUUGCGUGUAGUAAUUAGGUAUUUAUGAAUAUAUUGCUGUAAUU